CAUAUAGGUACGUACUUACAAUAUAUCUAACCUGUGUUGAGAACAUACUACAUACCUUACCUAAAUAGUAUCUGCUUAAAGUUUUUAUAAAAUAUAUUUAUUUGUUUUUUAUAAAACAAAAUGUCAAAAACGACAUCAUUGGACAUCGACGGAAUGAGCGCUGAAGAGAAAAUCGAACAAAUUAAAAUGAUGCGAGAUUUGAUUCGUCUCAAAGAGAAGACAGGGGAUGGAUGUAGCUCUGCGUUUCAAAAGAUCGGGAAGAAAAAAAACCUUAUCAGCGACACAGUAAUGUCUGCUGUAUUUGUAACUAGUUUCGUUUUGAUUGUGGCAAUGGCAUUGUAUUCGUUUCGAACUUUAUAUCUUGCCAUACAGAAAAAAUUUCCUUCCCAGCACACAGAAUUGUAAUAACGGACACAGCGAAAUGAAACAUUUUCUAUUAUUUUAACUUUGACAUUUACAUUAACAUUGUAUUAUGUAGGUACUAUAGAUAGUUUUAAAUUUUAACAUAGUCAAUACAGAUUAUCCUAUUAAAAAAUAUAUACAAUAAUUAGAAAAAAUAUUGUAUUGUAUUGUACAUGUCUUAGAAACUAGUUUUUAAUUAAAUUAACACUUAUUUAUUUCCAGUUUCAAUUAAUUUUUUUAAAAUCGUCAUAUUUUCUGAAGCCACCGCUUGUCGAUAAGAAGUUAUUGUAUCUGUUCUGUUAUUAUUUACUAAAAUAACAAAAUUACAUUGUAUUAAUUAUAACUUCUAAUUUGACUUAUUAUUAUAAUAUAUGACAUAAUUAUGACAGUAUUAUAUAGACUCUACUAAAUAGAAAUUACCAACUAUUUAGGUAUAUGUUAAUAGACUAGGUAAAGAUAAACUUAAAUAACAAUUCAUAAGUAUGAAGAAAUCUAAUAUUGUAUAAAUUGAUUUUAUAAUUUUAUAUUGAUUGGAUUCUCAUUUUUCGUAAACUCGAUUUUCAAAAAGAUAAAAUUAUAACGAAACCCAAAAAACUGAGCGUUAGUAAAACAUUUGAAUAAUAGGUAGUCUAUAAAUAUACCUGUAAGGCUGCAUGUACUUACUUAUACUUGUUUACCUAUCUUUAUUUAUAGUUAUAGCUUAAUAUAUAUUGUUAUUACUAAUAUUAAUAUCUAUGUACUUUUUUUUAUAUAAAUUACGACCAACCUCUAAGACGAGAAGCAUUCUGUAUAAUAUUAUUUAUUUUCUUCAGUGUAACUAAUAAUUGUUCAUGGUUUUCACAUGUAACUUGAUGGUUUUGAAUCAUUUGUUUAUCAAUAUGAAAUAUAUCGUUUAAACAUU